GUACGUGGUGCCCUGUCCACAACGCUAACCCAAAAACCUGCAUACCCCACGCUCAUGUGCAGCCUGUCGGACGAUCACAGGGAUUACACGGUAUGUAUUUUUGCCAUGUUGGCCAAGGUCGGGUGGGUAAGUUACUGGCACGGAGCAAACCACACCUGCCACGCCUGCCGGUCCGCCCAGAGCAAUCAAUUCCAUCAACUCUGCCGACAACGGCCAAGGACGCUUUUCCUCUUCCAUCCCAGAAGACUCCCUCCCUUUCGCUCCUCGCUCCUCGCUCCUCCCCCUCCCCCUGGACUCCGAAAGUCCAACCCCUCCCCCCGUACACGUUUUCCUCCCUCUCCGUUCAGUCUUACCAGCCACGCCCCGAUUUCGGGGCUCCUGAGCCGCAUCUCGCCGCUGAGGAGCGUUCGCCCAUUGGGCCCUGGAGGUUUCUCCAUCUCAUCGUUUGAGGUCAUCAAACAUCUUAUCAGGUGCCUAUCAAACCACCUACUUAUCAGGCACUGCACCAUUCCAAUUCACAUUGCCUGCCUAAUUUCUCAUUCGACCUUCUGGCCGAGGGAGCCAGAACCCCCGUAGUCUUCGAAGUUCUGUCCUCUAACGGCCCUGGGUCGCUGGAGGCAAUUCCCGGGGAAGCCCACUCCGUGCCCCGUGACUGUGCCCUUUGGCAGGCCCCGACCAAUCGGCACCCAGGAAUUAUCCAGCACCCCGGAGAUACCUCCUUACCGCGCAC